GAACACCCUCACACCAAAUAUAAGAAGAAUGUCCAUCAUUUUGCAGUUGGAUUAGACAGCAAUUUCAACAUUGGCAAAAAUCAACUAGGUAAAGAACUCAAGCAUGUGUAAAUCAAGAAUCACCAUCAUGGUACCAAAAGAUGACAUGUGCAAUAACAAGGAAACUCUGUAACAAAGGUUGUCUCACAAUUUUACUGAACACAAUGGCGUUGUUGCACCAUACAUAAAUGUUACAAAUACCGUGAAAUUGCUUUAUGGCAAACAAACUCAAAAAGAAACUAUUUUGAUACCAAAACAAAAAUUACUGCUUUAUUCCUGUAUCAUAGAUGCUAUUCCAUGGUUACGCAGAGUAACUUCUUUACUAGGAAAACACCAAUGA